CCUAAACUCUUCAAAUUCUCCUCUCUUAAUUACUUUUAUCCUCUAAAUUUUUGUUUCAUCAAAAAAAACUCUCUCUCUCUCUAAUUUAAUUCAUGGAGAAUCCCACACCAACAAAAUGCUCCGUUCUAAUUGUCGGAGCCGGUAUUUCUGGUAUAACGGCGGCGAAGCGGCUGGCGGAGAAUGGGGUGGACGAUUUCGUGAUAGUGGAGGCAUCUGAUAAAAUAGGAGGCAGGCUGAGGAAGGAGGAUUUCGGCGGCGUGGCGGUGGAGCUGGGCGCGGGCUGGAUCGCCGGCGUCGGCGGAAACAAGACCAACCCGCUCUGGGAAAUGGCCCGCCAAUCCAAUCUCCGCACCUGCUUGUCUGAUUACUCCAAUGCUCGCUUCAAUAUCUACGAUAACAACGGAAAUAUAUUUCCGGCCGAAGUAGCGGCGGAGGCCUACAACAAGGCGGUGGAGUCGGCCGUUGCGAAGCUGAACAAUCAAGAAUCUGAUGAAAAGCCAACAUCUCCAAAGAGGCCAAUUUAUCUUGCCAUUGAUUUCAUGUUGCAUGACUUUGAAAUGGCAGAGGUGGAGCCAAUACCAACUUAUGUGGAUUUUGGGGACAAUGAAUUUCUGGUUGCUGAUAGUAGAGGUUACGAGCAUUUGGUGUACGAACUGGCAAAGUCCUUUCUUUCUACCUCGGAUGGUCAAAUCAUGGAUUCCAGAUUGAAACUCAACAAUGUAGUUAGGACGAUGGAACAAUCGAGGACCGGUGUGGUCGUGACAACGGAGGAUGGCAAUGUCUACGAGGCAAAAUACGCAAUUUUGUCGGUCAGCAUCGGAGUUCUUCAGAGCAACUUAAUCUCCUUCUCACCACCAUUGCCGAUAUGGAAAACAGAGGCCAUCUCAAAUAUUGACAUUAUGGUCUACACAAAGGUCUUCCUAAAAUUCCCUCAUAGAUUUUGGCCGUCAGAUUCGGACAAAGAGUUCUUCAUGUAUGCACAUCAAACACGUGGUUAUUACACAUUUUGGCAGAGUAUGGAGAAUGCUUACCCCGGAUCGAACAUCCUGGUUGUGACAUUGACGAACGAAGAAUCCAAACGAAUCGAAGCACAAUCAGAUGAAGAAACUAAGAGUGAAGCAAUGGGAGUGCUGAGAGCCAUGUUUGGGGCUCAUGUCCCGGAGGCGAGCGACAUACUCGUGCCGAGGUGGUGGAACAAUCGCUUCCAACGCGGUAGCUACAGCUUCUAUCCGGUUCACGUCGAUCAUCACCUCCUAGACCGUGUCAAGGCACCGGUUGGAAGGAUAUUUUUCUCAGGCGAACAUACGAGCGACAAAUUCAAUGGGUACGUGCACGGGGGCUACUAUUCAGGUGAGAUUAAUACGUGUAGACGAAUAAUGGCUUCGUGCACGGGAUGGGACGGGAGAGUAAUGUUUCUAUCUGCUCUUAUCUUUAUAGGCAUGGAUACUAGUAAAGCUUUGAUUGAAGAGAUGAAGACUGAGAUUGCUAGAGAAAAUGAAACUCAGUCUUUUCUACUCCAACCAUUUUUAGCCCUCACAUUGCCACAAUUUGAUAUUCCAACACACCUCCUUCAUAGACUUUCAGAGGCCAUCUUAUAAAUCAAAUACAAAUACUAUUAGAAAAGACAUGUUUAUCAUCAAUUAAUUUAAUUUUCUUGUAAUUUAUGUAUAAGGUCCAUUGCUUUAAUUCUUUUGUUUAAGAUAAUGGUUGUAUCAA